CUUUGUGCCUGUAACACUCCCUAGAGCACAUGACCCAGACACCAAGAAUCAGCAGAGAAACGGACUCCACAGCUGGGAGAGUGGUGCACUGUUAUCAGAGACUCCGACACGAACCAUGAGAACAAACCAGCUCAUCAAAUACACUUUGUUUGUCUCCUGUUACCUCUUCUGGGUGGCCAGUGGGCUCAUGGUUGCAGUUGGCAUUUAUGCCAAACUCUCUAAAGAAGCAAGUGCUGUGGAUUCGCUCCUCGCUGAUCCCUCACUGAUCCUGCUUACGGUGGGGAUCCUGAUGUUUGGCAUCACCUUUGUGGGGUGUACAGGAGCCUUGCGUGACCUGCCUGUGCUGCUGAAAAUUUUUGCCUGGAUUUUACUGAUCAUUCUCAUUCUCCAGAUCGUGGCUGCUGUCCUGGGAUUUCUCUUCUCCAGCAUGGUGUUGGAGAAAGCAGCAUUUCUGAUGGGGAAAGCUAUCUCUGGUUAUAGGGAUGACCUAGAUUUACAGAACCUUAUUGAUUAUAUACAGAAAAAGUUUGAGUGCUGUGGGGUGCAUUCCUACAAGGACUGGUCCCAGAAUAUUUACUUCGAGUGCCAAGACUCCAACCCCAGCCUGGAACGCUGUGCUGUGCCUUUCUCCUGCUGCAUCCAAAAAGAUCAAGAGGCAGCCAUUACUAGUGUUCUCAACAGCAUGUGUGGCUAUGGGACCCAGAACCUGAGAUCAUGGAAAGCAGAGAGUCUGAUAUACAUUGAGGGCUGCUUGGAAAAGAUUGUUGGCUGGGGGCAGAGAAACCUGCUGCUUGUUGCAGGGCUAGCAAUAGGACUGUUUUUCUUGGAGAUUCUCGUGUUUUCCAUGGCCGUGAUGCUCAUUUACCAGAUUGACUUUAUUAUACAGAAACGGAAAAGCACAAGGAGGAGAGGCCCCGAGAAAUAAGUCUGUUGCUCCCAGCAAGAGCCCAGCAUGGUCUCUAUUGCUGCUGGUGCAGUCUAUGAAGAAGGAACAAACUGAGAUCUCAGUCGAAACACUGUGAAUACCCCAGAGGGUGCCAGAGCUCAUGCCCCAGGUGAAUGAACAGACACUGGAAAGCAUUUUCUGUGCACGUGAGGCAGAGGCAACUGCUGCUUGGAAACGACCCUUGCUGCCUGGUGGGAUCAUCUGAUGGGUCUCUCACUCUCUCCUCCUGCCCUGUUUUAUUACCAUGGACAUUUGCACAAAACCAGAUCUUUCUUUUCUGAGAUUCCUAAUCCUUAUUCUCCAUCUGUGGUCAGAGUACUCUGGUUGUUUUAGCGAUCACUUUGGAGGACAGGAUUACAAUUGAAAAGAAACUUGACAAA